UGACGACGGGGUGGCGGAAGGGACAUGCAGGACCUCCAGGUUUAGGCGGGGAGAUGGACACCGCGUGCCGGCUACGCUGACCCAAGAAGAUGCCGGUCGCUGGCAGAGGCGCGGAGAAGGCACUUGACAGCCCUGCGCCGGGCGAGUCCUUUGGAGCAUAGAACACCGAGGCCGAGGCCGGUUCUCAGAGGGCACUACAGGCCCGUCUGAGGUUGAGCCAGGCGUAUCCUCAGGCAACACUUCCUCCGGGAAGUCUUUCCCGCCCCUCCGGCAGGACAGCGCUUCCUAGCUCGGGAUUGUCUCUAUCCUGGCUUGGUUUACAGCGUUCCGGAAUCUCCUGGUGACUCGCCGCCCUGAGGGCCUAGUAGUGCCCAGGUCCCUAGCGGGAGGAACAGGAGGCGCUCCACAAAAAGCUAUCAAAUCAAUAAAUGAGGACUCCUGAAGAUAAGAAGUACUGUAGACACCUGCGCGUUUGAAAAGGAGGGCCAUGACUGAGUAGGGAGGGGGCCCGCGGAGCCUCAGACAUGGGAGAGUAAGGGGUGAGGGACCGUGAAGAGGGCACCCAGGAAGCUAUCAGUCCUUGAAACGCAAGGGGGUGCCUUCUGGAUAAAGGGCAGUCACACCUCCCUACAUUUGCUCUUGCCGUCCCCUCUACCCCGGACGAAGGUCGUUUCCUUUUCUCUAUCUGUGGACAUCUUGAUUGUGCACCUCCUCCCCAAUCAGAGCUGACUGCUCCCUCCUCGUUGACCCCUCCCCCCCACACACACACACCUUCGUCGGGCCUGUGAUUACAACGACAGUGAAUGUAGUGACCCCAGGUUUGAGGAGAGGGUUCGUGGUACAGCGAAGGGGCUACAGAAGCCGAGCAGCCCCUCCGAAAGGGCCCACUGGGGUCCAGGUGGCCCACGCCUGCCUGCCCUGGAUCCCUGCCGGCCUUGGAAGGCUCAGCCCCGCUCUCCUGCAGCCCGACCUUUCCCCCGCCCGAUCCAGGGCCCCACCUCCUCCCCGCCCAGUCCAAACUCCGGGUCUGGGCAAGGCACCGACCCCGGGCUGCCUCUCGGUGAAAGCAGCGGGGCCCGCGGGCAGCGGAAAGGAGAAUCUGCGAGCAACGAUGCACCUGGAUUGGCUGAGUGUGCGGCUGAGCGCCGUGGUCUGUGGGCUACUGCUUCUCCUCGUCCCGGCCUGGGGACAGGACUCUGCCAGCCCCAUCCGGACCACACACACAGGGCAGGUGCGGGGGAGCCUCGUCCACGUGAAGGGCACCGAAGUGGGAGUCCACACCUUCCUCGGAAUUCCCUUUGCCAAGCCACCCCUGGGGCCACUGCGGUUUGCCCCCCCUCAGCCCCCUGAACCGUGGAGUGGUGUGAGGGAUGGGACUUCCCACCCAGCCAUGUGUUUGCAGGAUAAUGCUACAGCAGAAAAGAUGAUUCAGGUCUUGUUGAAUAUAACCCAACCCUUCACCCACAUGUCUGAAGACUGCCUGUACCUCAGUGUCUACACACCUGCCCAUACCCGUGAGGGCACCAAGCUGCCUGUGAUGGUGUGGAUCCAUGGCGGUGCGCUCGUGUUGGGCAUGGCCUCUAUGUAUGAUGGCUCUGCCCUGGUGGCCUUUGAAGAUGUGGUAGUUGUAACUAUCCAGUACCGCCUGGGUAUCCUGGGUUUCUUCAGCACUGGAGACAAGCAUGCAACUGGCAACUGGGGCUACCUAGACCAAGUGGCCGCACUGCGCUGGGUCCAGCAGAAUAUCGCCCAUUUUGGAGGUGACCCUGGCCGUGUCACCAUUUUUGGCGAGUCUGCAGGUGGCACAUGUGUGUCCUCGCAUAUCCUGUCCCCCAUGUCCCAAGGACUCUUCCAUGGUGCCAUCAUGGAGAGUGGCGUGGCUGUGCUGCCUGGCCUCAUUGCCAACUCGUCUGACAUGGUCUCCACGAUGGUGGCCAACCUGUCAGCCUGUGGCCAGGUGGACUCAGAGGCACUGGUGAGCUGUCUGCGGGGCAAGAGUGAAGAGGAGAUUCUGGCCAUAAACAAGCCCUUCAAGCUUAUCGCAGGCGUGGUGGACGGGGCCUUCCUACCCAGGCAUCCCCAGGAGUUGCUGGCCUCUGAUGACUUUCAGCCUGUACCCAGCAUCAUCGGUGUUAACAACGAUGAGUACGGCUGGAUCAUCCCAGCGGGCAUGGGCACCUCUGACAACCAAGAAAUGGACAGACAGACCAUGCAAGCCGCCCUGCAAAAAAUGUCAGCACUGAUGAUGGUGCCUCCUGAGUUUGGUGACCUGGUGGUGGAGGAGUACGUGGGCAACAAUAGUGACCCCCAGACCCUCCAAGCCCAGUUCCAUGAGAUGAUGGGGGACUUCAUCUUCGUGAUUCCUGCCCUUCAAGUAGCAAAUUUUCAGUGUCCUCAUGCCCCUGUCUACUUCUAUGAGUUCCAGCAUCGGCCCAGCUUCGUAAAGGACAUCAAACCACCCUAUGUGAAGGCAGACCAUGGUGAUGAGAUUUUCUUUGUCUUCGGAUCCUUCUCUUGGAACAGCUACAUUGAAGUCACUGAGGAGGAGGAGCUACUGAGCAGGAAGGUGAUGAAGUACUGGACAAACUUUGCUCGAAAUGGGAACCCCAAUGGUGAGGAUCUGCCCCACUGGCCCUUGUAUGACCAGAAGGAGCAAUACCUGCAGCUGAACAUGCAGCCCACGGUGGGCCAGGCCCUAAAGGCCCACAGGCUCCAAUUCUGGACAAAGACCUUGGCCCAGAAGAUCCAGGCAAUAAUGGCGGCCAAGGAGAGUCACACAGAGCUAUAGCUUCCUGGGUCUGGGGGUAGAGGUUGGGCUUGAGAGCAGGUGGAGGCAGCCUGAAGGGCCCCCACACACACCCCAAGGAGCUAGAAGUUUAUUCCUUCAUUCACACGGCUGUUCUUUCAUUCUUCAAUCCAUCCAUUCAGCAAACACUUAUUAAGAACCCCCUGCAUGCAGUUAGCCUCCAAGCCUGCCCUGGGUCCUCUCCCCCAAACCGCACCGGGCCUUGGGCCCCAUUCUCCCUUCCUCACCUCUACCCUCUCCCUCUCGCUUCUCUCCUCCAAGCCUCCAGGCCUUUUCGUGCCUUUAGGGAGGAAGUUCCUGGAAAUGUUGCCCACGCCAGAGUGUCAGAAGCUCUCAGCAACUCUACCUCUCAGCAAGCCCCUAAUGUUCUCAUAUCUGCAAAUGGCCAAUAGAAAACGGGCUACCAGGGGUCCUUGGAGCUCUGAGAUCUCAGUCACCAAGGCCACUAAGACUGUAAAAGUCACAGUCUGUACCUAGAUUAAGUAUCUUCUAUCAUUGACACUUAA